AAAGCAAGUGGGUGGGCAUUGAGAGAUCAGUUCAAACAGCAAGUGCAAACUAUGGAGCGUUGGCUAAAUCGCGUUGCUGUGGUCACGGGCGCCAGUUCGGGAAUCGGAGCUGCCUGCUGCAAGGAUUUGGUGGCCAAGGGCUUGGUGGUCGUGGGUCUGGCACGGCGCGAGGAGCGGCUGAGGGAGCUGAGGGAUUCGUUGCCGGCGGAACAGGCCAGUCGUUUCCAUGGACGCAAGUGCGAUGUGAGCCAGGAGCAGGAGGUGAUCGACGCCUUCGCCUGGAUCGAUGCCACUCUGGGCGGCGCGGAUGUGCUGGUGAACAAUGCUGGCAUUGUACGGCUCGGAGUGGGCAUCACCAGCGAGGGCAAUGCCGCCGAUCUGCGUGCCGUUCUGGAUACCAAUGUGCUGGGAGUCUCGUGGUGCACCCGCGAGGCUUUCAAGUCCCUGCAGAAGCGCAACGUGAACGAUGGACACAUCCUGAUUGUCAACAGUGUGGCCGGACACCGGGUGAUCAAUAGCCCCGGCCUCACCAUGGGCAUGUAUUCGCCAUCGAAGUAUGCCGUCACCGCCUUGACGGAGGUGCUGCGUCACGAGUUCAGGAACACCAAGACCCAGACCAAGAUCACGAGCAUCAGUCCCGGCGCCGUGGACACCGAGAUCAUCGACAAGGAGGCCCUCGCCGGCUUGGCCGACAUGCCAUUUCUCCGCGCCGAGGAUGUGGCCGAUGCCAUCAGCUACUGCAUCCAAACCCCGCCGAAUGUCCAGAUCCACGAGCUGAUGAUCAAGCCCGUGGGCGAAAACCUCUAGGCGUACAAUCCUCCACUGGAUGCACUUGCUCCUGUGUUUACGACAGCUGGAACUGGAUCCACUAGGCACAAAUUUGAUCGAGUGUGAUAUCUCAUGAGAUUUUAACCCACUGAGCUCGUUCAAGUGCCACCAAAAAUUGUGUUUAAGUAUUUCAAUUAAGACGUUACGAAAUUAUAAAAUAUAUAUAUAAACUCUUUA